UCCAUAUCCGGUUAAAUGUAAUAGGUACUAUAGAAGGACAUAUUUUUAUCUCUUCACAUAAAACAGUGGGUUAAGACCAUAUUGAGUGUAUAUUUUACUUGUUGUCACUAGCCAUGAAGCGAUUCAGACUGCUAACCACAUUAUCUGCACUUUCAGCUGGAGCAGGGUUUUGUGCAGGCGUAAAAUAUGAAACACAUGGGAAAGGUCAAAAUGAACAAGGUGAAACUGAAAGUAGAAACUGUAGAUACUACAUACCACUACCAACAGUGUCUGCAGCAGCCCCGACCAAUGUUGAUUUCCCUUCAUUUUCGAAUACUGUGUUUCCUACUCCAACGCCUCCUUCCAAUCGGAUAUCUGAAAUAAUGAAAUACGGAUUUCCCAGCUUGGACCAGAUAAAGUCCUACGACAACUUUGUACUGAGCUAUGACAGGAGAAACAGAACUGCUCACUGGGUGUUCGAACAUAUCAAACCUGAACAUGUCAGUGGAAAAAAUGAAACAGAUAGAGACCAAUCGUCAUUUCAGGAAGAUUAUUCAAUCCAUCCUUAUUUCAGAUCCACAAAUUAUGAUUACAAAGCAAGUGGAUAUGAUCGUGGACAUUUAGCUGCAGCAGCAAAUCACAAACACUCUCAACAUGCCAUGGACCAAACAUUCACCCUGAGUAAUAUCUCACCCCAGGUAGGUAGAGGGUUCAACAGAGAUGCGUGGAAUAACCUGGAGAGGUUUGUUCGUGGUGUUGCCAAAAUGAACAGGAAUGUGUAUGUUUGUACAGGUCCCCUCUAUCUACCCAAACGGGAAGCAGAUGGAAAGUUGUAUGUGAAUUUAUAUCCUGUGAUUGGUCCAAACAAUGUGGCUGUACCCACACAUUUCUUCAAGGUCGUGGCUGUAGAGAACUUCCAUGGAGAGUUUGAACUGAUGUCAUUUGUGAUGCCAAAUGAAGUGAUUCCUGAUAGUGUUCCCAUUAAAAAUUUCAUGGUGCCUGUGGAGGCCAUUGAAAGAGCUGGAGGCAUUUUGUUGUUUGAUAAAAUUCCGAAGAAAAGGUUCACUGUCAUCAAUGGACAAAGAGUCUGAAACAAAGAUAGACUUAUUUGCCCUAAUUGUCAUGGAUGAAAACAAAUCUGACAACGCUAGUCUUCUUUCUGCCCUAUAAUUGACAUUAGGAGCUGUAAGUCUGCCAUCAAUGAAGAAAGAUCUGACAGAGAUAGUCUAGUGUGCCCUGUAAUUGCUUUUGUCAUUAGCUGCUGGUCUGCUAUUGAUAAAAAAUGGUCUGACAAAUGUGUAGUCUAGCUUAUAUAGUUUGCCUUGUACUUGUGAUUGGUAUUAGCUGCAGGUUGACAAUAUGAUACACAAUUGUCGAGUACAUAUCAUUAGUGCUAAUAUGUUAUAGAUGUCAUUGUAACUCUGAGGGCAUCCUAGAUAUCCAGGGCUAGGGGUUACGCUCACUAACGCUCUCUGCACCCCUAGAAUAAGUCAUAGCAAAUAUGAAGGCUCGGUGUGCGCCAC